GGCACAGUCUUAUAUGCUGCCGCUGAUAAUCGUGGUGCUCACUCCCUUGCAGGAUUCCUGGAGAGCUUCACUGUUGACAAGUUCUGCAGAUUCUGUUUGGCAAGCAGUAGAGACGCACAACAGCAAGAGAUGGCUCUGCAAGAGAAAUUUAUCAUGAGGGUUAUUGUCUCUGAGGGAGAUAUCAGAAAGUUGACAAUGACAACACGACCGGACAGACUUGAAGAUUUGAUUGGCUGGCUUAAAGGCACUCUCCAAGCAAACUACAGCUUCGUCUUACAAUACCAAGACCCUGACUUUAACAACGGACUGUGUAACCUUGCAGAUGUCUCUGAGCUCCCAGAUACACCAACCAUCAAAAUCCUCCCUAUGAUUGACCUUGUACCAGUCACUGAAGCAGUCACCGAACAAUCUGGAUUGUGUAGUGACAGAAGUAGCCAGGCAGACACCGAAAUCCUGUCCACCUCCUCUCUGGAUAGAAGUGUGCAGUGGCCAGAGGUAUUUGAAAUUCCUAAAUUUUCAGUUGAUGUUGAGUACCGACUCCGUCAAGGUAACCUGUUGUAUAUGAGGGAUGGAACCUAUCUCAAAGUGACAAAAGAGCUGAAGCAUAAUAUCCUUGAGAAGCUGGCUGAGAUCAUCUAUACAUUUGACGCAUACCCAACAAAGGAAGAUUUAGCGGCUGUUGCAAAAGCCUUAAUAGAAACGCACCUAUGUCUUCAAGAACCAGGGUCACCCUCUGGCUGCGGUGGAUGGAGGAACAGCUUGAAGUUCAAGGUGGGCAACUACAGAGCCAAAAUGUGCAAGCCGGGCCGACUUGAUGUCACUGUCAACAGUGGUAAACGUGGAAGGUACUCUCCAAAUAGCGACCCUCCAAACAAGGACAUCAAGAAGCCAAGGAAAGGAGAAAUACAUUUCCUACCUCAGUAUCCAGAGGGGCUGGAUGACCACAACCUGGAAGCAGCUCGUCAGGUUCUGGUCAACGAAAUGAUGAAGGCAAAGCCAAAUGGGUCCGUUAUUAAGAAAGAGAUGGAUGUGACCUUUGCACUUCGGAGAAAAUAAGUUAUGAAAGAAAAGCCUGCAAUUACUCAGAUUGCACAUCGAUGGCCAGCCCUUUUCUCCAAAAGCCAGGUUUGUAUGCCUGUUUUGAGUAUUUGCAAAAAAUGACUAUGGCCUUAAGAGCUCUGAAUGCAAUGAUGAGUAAGACUUUCAUUAGAGGAUUUGUGCUUUUUAGUUGUGACUGCAUUACUAUCCGAUUUUUUUAAAUGGUGGUUUUGUUCUAUUCCUCUUUACGUCUUAAUUGCUCGUGAUAGCCUUUGCCCGUGCAUCAAGGUACACUGAAAAGCGUACAGAGGCAUGUUUUAAAAUCAGAUAAUAAAGCAGGCACAAGCUGUUUAAAGAAUGGGCUUAUGCGUAACACCCAAAAAUUUUAAUUCUGUCAUCUACUCACCCCCGUGCUGAUGGAAGUUUGAGUUCAGUUUCUAGUGUCACAUAUCUCUGUCCAGUCAGGUUAUUAGCACUGAUCUAACAGUUUGGUUCCAUUCCUAUUGCUAACUACAGUAUGUUUUAUAGCACUGAUUUUGCAAUUUGAUUCCAUCCUUAUUGGUAUGUGAUUCAUGUUAUUAGCACUGAUCUAGCAUCUAGCAUUCCAUUCCACUUGCUAUGUUUUAAGGCAUUGGUACUGAUUUUGUUUAAUUCCAUCCAGACUCACAAGAGUCCUACUUGAUGCAGUCUUUGAUUUGAUGUGAUAUUUUGAAUACAAACCUAUUCUUUUUGUAUAAAAUGAUAAAGACACAGAUGCAACUCCAUUAUAGUUCAGCAGACCAAAGCGAGAUUGUAACUUUCGGUGAGAGUGACUGUAUUAAUGUUCUCACACUGUACUUGUUAAAAUGUUAAGAGGCAAGGUUUUUGUG